AUGUUCCUAUAUGGCUUUGCGACCCGCCAUCGCUUAGUCCUUCGGGUGAGUGCUUCUGACCGACCUUCUUACAUCAGCCCAAGCCAGCCGAAUGGAAGCCUCAACGGCAUCAGCCCCCGAGCUACGUACUCCAGCAAAGUGCUUUUUUGGGACGAGGCGACGAGGGAUGUGGUGGAUUGUGUUACCCAGUACAAGGCCAGCACCGACUCUCAACAGGGAAACCCUUUCGGCAACAAACUCGCUCCACUUGCUGAUCUUCAAUUCGAGAUACUUUUAGUUUUCACUGUAUGCGAGUUCUUCGGGCAUUGCUUUGUCCUCAUUUUUGGGAUACGCUGUACCGACAUUCAACCGAAGGAAUGUUCACUAAUAUAUGAUGCGACCUUCCUUCGCCCUUCACGGGGCCAUCAAGCUCGUCCCAACAGCGAUUGUGUUGCAGUCAACCUUAACCGUCACAAGAAUGCGUGGGGUGUGGACGUUCCAAUUGUCGGUAUACAUUCGAACGACCUCAGCUUCAGGGCCAAUGUCCAAACGGCGAUCGAGAAAGUCAUGAAGGACGGGUCGUCUUCUAAUAUAUCCUAUGACCCGCAUACGAAAUGUUUGAGUGUGGUCUGGAGGGAUGCUGAUGGGAAUUCCAGUAACGAAAUCUGUCGUCACUACUGCGCACACAGCUCAAGGGCAUAUAUGCCAGAGAUGGUGGGUGUUUGUGUCAUAGCUCCCCCUGAAUCUGCACUUGAGUAUCGCUUCGCGCACAUAUGGGAAUUAAGGUCCGGUUCACAGCUCCAGGUGGAAAAGGCUACUGACUCUUGGUUGAGGUGGCUGCUCAUUGUCAUGGGCGGUGUCGUUGUAUUGUUGGCGAUCAUUGUUGCUUGGGUAAAUUAUAGGUCGAAAGUCUCCAGUCCAGAGACAGAGAGAGGUGGAGAAGAAGGCAACCUUAGCGCGAAUUUAACCAAAGAGUUCGAAAAGUUCAGUGGAAUUAAGAAGUUCUCCCGUGAAGAGUUGAUGAUCAUGACCGAUUCUUUUGCACCUGACAGGAUUAUGGGAGAAGGAGGUUUUGGGAUUGUGUACAAAGGGCACAUAGGAGGCGCUCGCACACCGGUCGCUGUAAAGAAAUUAAAAUCUAGCUCACGCCAAGGGAUAAAGGAGUAUAUAUCAGAGGGGAAGUCAUUAAGCCAACUUAGGCACAAAAACUUGGUGCAACUCAUAGGCUAUUGUCACGAGGCAAGUGAAUUCUUCCUAGUUUACGAAUUUAUGAGAGAAGGUAGCUUGGAGGAUCGUCUGUUUAAAGAAAGAUCCUUGUUGACAUGGGAAAGGAGGUACAACAUUGCUCUAGGAUUAGCCUCGGCAAUGCACUACCUGCACAAACAAUGUAAUCAAUGUGUGAUCCACAGGGAUAUCAAAUCCAGCAACGUCAUGCUCGAUGAAAGGUUCGAGGCGAAAUUGGGAGAUUUCGGCAUGGCUAGACUGGUCGACCACACCAGAGGGCUAAACACAACCAGAGCGGGGGGAACCCCGGGUUACCUGGCUCCGGAAUGCUAUAAUGGCGACACGGCGAGCAAGGAAUCCGAUGUCUCAGUUUUGGAGUCGUUCUUUUGGAAAUAG